CAGUCAGUUUGAGGUUCAAACUAAUUUCGGUUGUGACAUAUGAAUCACCCCACUGUUCGCUAUUCGGACAUUGAAAAAACAAUAACAAACAAAGAUGAUUAAUUAGGGCUCUUCUAAGUUUGUCAACUGAACUGAUUUUGAUGCAGAAAAAAAGGAAAGCAUACGAAAAGUAUGACAGUUCGUUCAUAUGCAGAGUCCCGAGUGUGUGUGCCUGUGCAUGCAGUUUCCACUCCGGAUCAAAUUCAGUUUCUCUGCUAUUCUAUGCACGGUGCUCGUAUAUGUACAAUAUGACUAUGUAUGUGCUCGUGCGUGUAUAUGUGUUGUGCAUUAAAAUUGUUGAUUUCUCGCCGCCUUCGUUCGCCUUGAGUAGACUUUUGGCGGUUGUGAGUCUUUAGUGAAUCGAUUGUGCGGUUAGUCUCACUAAAACUGUCGUCGGCAUCAGUUUGUAAAUAAAAUCAUUCGAAAUAGCGUUUUCGCUUUUUUACUCUCACAAAACCGAAAAAAUGAGAAGAGACUCUCGGCAACGCCAUCGUAAGCGUGAUUCCGUCGAGAUUGUCGGUUGUUGAUGUGGUCUUUUAUCAAAAUACAUCGAAAACUGUCGUUGAAUCUGGCCCUGUUUUUCAAUAGCACACAGUCUACUUUCUACCGUUGAUCUGAUUUUUCGAAUUGAACGAUGGAAAAAAAUUUAGACGGCGGAGCGUGCGCAAAAUUGGAAAAAUAAACAUAAAGCACACACGCAGCGAGAUUCGAAUUUUUGUUUUGAUUGAGUGUAAAUGUAAUAGUGAAUAAAAAAAAUUCGGUUGGCGAUCUUCAGGUUGUGAAAAAUGGGCGAACAGAUUUAAUUUCGUUCAAAUCUCAAUAUGAUCAAGUAACUUUUUCUUUUGAGAGUCAAGUUUAUGAAAACAACAAAAUCGACGACAAUAUUCACAGUUUCAACACAAUGUAUGGCAAUCGGCUAUUUUAGUUCAGUUGAAAAAUUACGAUUUUGAUCGAUUGCAUAACAGAUGUCACACACAACGUGUGAUGUAGCAACGAUCGCGACAACAUAAAUUCAUCAACAAUUAUGACAGUCAAGAUUUGGGUUUCGUCCAAACGACUGUUCCAUCCUCUCUCACUUUCGCCGCUCGCAAUGCACACAUUGAAAAUGAUCAAGUGAAUUCGAAACUGCGCAAACAAAGUGUAUCAAAAAUAAAAGUGGUUUUAGAUUAAGAAAAGUCCCCACAAUCAAUUCAGAAGUGGUGAAGAAAAAGGAAUUUUCAAACAAUCGCAACAUGCACGAGUAAAAAAAAGAAGACUUUUCAAGUACGUGAUUUCAUUAAGUGCCAUAAAAAAUGAAACUUUUUAAAUCGAAAAAGAGUAAUAAUAAUAACAACAAUAACAACAAUGCCAGCAGCAGUAGCGGCGGAUCAACGUCCACAAUCAGCUGCGUGCCUGGCAAAUCGUCUAGUCUAAACAAAGCCAAUGACGCAAAAGCUGAUACUACAACAACCAAUUCGUCUACAACAGUGUCGGGCGAACGAGCGAUGUCUCCAGCACAGUCAGAGGAUUCAGGCUUGGCGGCCGACCGUGGAACAACAUAUGCAACCAUUUCGUUGCCGCGAGAAAAUGCUCAAGCGAUGGGAAUCGUUUUUCUUGAGCGUUUAGAUUUAUCAUACCCGCCGAUUAUCAGUGCACUAAACACGCUUGGACCAGCCGCCGACUUUCUUGCACCAGGAGAUCGAAUUCACCAAAUAGACGGCAUUUCAACGAUCGGGUUGACAAAUAAUCACGUUCUCAAUUUGCUGCUGAGCGGAGAUCAGCCAGCUGUUGUUGAAAUUGAAUAUUGUCUGCCAGAAUACAUUUCACAGAAUAGUGUUUGUGUGACGACAAAGUUGGCUCAAAUCACGGUGGAACGAGAGAACGGAUGUCUUGGCUUGACUCUACGUGGUGGAGAAAAUUUCCCGCUGAUUGUGACAAAUGUUCGGCCACACGGACCAGUAUUUAAAGUAAAUCGCAUUAAACCCGGUGAUCGAUUGCUUCGCGUUGACAAUAUUUCCCUCAUAAACAAGUCACUGUUGGAAGCGCAGCAAAUUUUAAAGUGUGGCCAUGCAUCGGGUUUGACGAAUUUAACAAUCGAGUACGAUGUGUCAGUCAUGCAGAGUGUUGAGUUCUCGUUGGGUCCGUUGCUCAUCGAAAUUGAGCGUCCGAUGAACGAAAAACUUGGCAUCAUCCUUAGCAACUAUUCCAAUUUACAGGCCAGCACAAUGGACACAAAAAACGAUAUUUGUCCAGCUGGCGUUUUCAUUGCGAGCAUAUUGCCGGCGAGCAUCGCUGAUCGGUGUGGCGCACUUUCAGUGGGUGACCAAAUCCUCUCAAUCGACGAAACAAUCAUCGAAAACACAAGUUACACGCCCGAAGAUGUGAUGUCUUUCUUAAAUGGACCAUCGGAUCGUGGUUUCACACAGCUUCAAAUUUUGCCAGUGCAUGCAAUUCAACGAAAAGGCUAUACUACGCUUGAUUCAAGGAAGACCCCUAAACACAAGCGAUAUAUUCGUAAAGGUUCGGUCGGACCAUCUGGAUCGAGUUCAAGCCCACUAUAUGCGAAUGCUGGUUUGUGCCAUGCGGAAACGACACAAGUGAUGCUUGAUUGUAGCCAGGGUUCGGGUAUAAUUAUCGGCACAAAAAUCGGUCAAGGCUAUGCGAUAGCCCACAUUAUACCUGAUUCAGCGGCCGACCGCUCGGGAUGCAUUCAAGUGGGCGAUCGAUUGCUAUCCAUUAAUAAGCUGUACAGCUUGGAUGCAAAUACGAUUCGUCAGAUUUUGGGUGACAACGGAGGCAGUAGUAAUGCGAUUAAUACCUACCAGGUUCCAUCGCCUUAUUGGGUUGAACUCGAGAUCGAAUUCGAUAUGUUCGACUCGGUAAUUCCAUCGCAAGGCGUUUUCAAUGUAAAAUUGGCCAAAGUGAAUAAAAAUGGCUUGGGCAUAACAGUAAAUGCCACCGCACAUGGAUCAUUCAUUAUUUCCGAGGUGAAAUGCGGCAGUCCAGCACAUCGGAGUGGUUCAUUACGUGCCGGUGACAUUUUACUUGCUGUUGAUUCCCAGCAAUUGCAGCACUAUAAUGUGGAUGCACUACUCAAAGACCGUACAAAGGAAUUUACAACGCUUACAAUCAAUCGCAAUUCACUGCCAGAUUUCCUUUUUGACGCACAACAACGAUUCAAUGGGAUUUACAGCAAUGGCAGUGGAAGCUCGAAAAAUGACUACAACAUCUAUGGAUCGGGAACGGUUGGAAAGUAUCUCGAAGGGAAAAAUGUUACGUUUGAAAAAACGUCACCGCUUACCAACACAAUGAAAGCAAAAAGCUGUCAGCCCGAUUACUAUCAUGUCAAAGAUCAAGACAAAUCGAGACAAACAACGCCAUUUACCAGUGCCACAAUGAGACAUCCGUUCCUAUGCAAAAACAGCGAACCACCAUGCGUUGGACGAACAGCAGCCAAUGAUAAUACAAACAGUUUGACGACCGAGUUGGCGGAGGAUGAGUACAAUAAUAGCGUUCCGUAUGACUUGGAUUAUCGUGAAAGUUUUGACUCUUCGAUGCCACCUCCAAUGGAUAUUCACAACUCUACGUAUGGAACGCAUCAAUUGGUCGUAAAUGUGCGCCUAGAGAUUAACGGUGGUCCUUUGGGUAUCACUCUAUCUGGCAGUGAAGAUGUAAACAAACCCAUCUUGAUCAGUGCUGUCUUGGAUGGGGGAAUCGCAGAGAAUUCACGUCAAAUUAAUGUGGGUGAUUGUUUAUUGGCUAUUAAUGGAGAAAGUGUACAAGGAAAGCCAUUGUCACAUGCUACAAAAUUACUUCAAAACCUUGGAAAUAUUGUGGAUUUAAAAAUAUCACGGAAUAUCAACGAUUACGAAAAUCAAUACGUGUUACAUAGCGAUAUGAGUCCACAAGCGGUUUAUGCAAAAGUGCAACGAAGACCACGAACUCCGAUCUAUGGCAACGGUAUUAAUGGACACAACGUCGAUAUCGUUUCAAAUUCCAGCAAAGAAGAUGGAACCCGAUUCAGCUCAUUCCAUGUGACACUUUACAAAGACAAAGUUUAUGACGAUUAUGGAUUCUCUGUAUCGGAUGGUUUGUACGAACGAGGAGUUUAUAUAAAUCGCAUCCGAAGCGGAGGACCAGCUGAUACCGUUGGCCUUUUAAAACCCUUUGACCGAAUUGUGCAGGUGAACGAUACGAAAACCAAAGAUUUCGAUUGUUGUUUAACAGUGCCAUUGAUCGCCAGUGCCGGAGAUAAAAUUGAGUUGAUAGUUCAAAGACCCAUUUCUAGUGAAUAAAUUAAAGAAUAAAUCGAAUUAAUGUUCGUGUUUAGUUAGUGGAGAUUUUGUUCGAAGUUCGAAUUGCGAGUAACAUUAAAGUUACAACUCAAUGUGUUUAUAUUAAUCAACUCAUAUAUUCUUAGAGUCGUUAAAAAUCCUUUCGGUGAUGAACGAAUAUUACUGAACAUCACCAACCGUAAAAUUAGGACAAAAUAAGUAUUAGAAUAAUGUCGUUUACUUCUAUUAUUAUUAACGUAAAUCCGAGUGGCCAAAUUCUAUGUAUUUAAGUAUGAAUAUUAUAAGAUUAAUGGAUGUGUGGAAAUCUAUAUAUAAUAAAAAGAAUUACAUUCUUUA